AUGCGCCGAGUGGUAGUUACGGGGCUGGGCGCCGUCACUCCCUUGGGAACUGGUAUCCGUCACACAUGGGGGCGUCUCGUGGAGGGCCACUGUGGUAUUGUAUCUGUGAAACAUAGACAUCCCGGAUUUACAGAAGUACCAUGUCAGGUUGCGGCCGUUGUGCCGCAGGGCCCCAAGGAGCUUGGCGGCUGGAGAGCAUCUGAAUGGGUGACUCGCGAUGAAGAAAGAAAAACCGCUCUGUUUGCACAAUACGCAUUAGCAGCAACAGAGGAAGCGCUCAAUGAUGCAGGGUGGAAACCCGGGACCCAGGAAGCAAUGGAAAUGACGGGUGUAUGCUUAGGAUCUGGAAUAGGGAAUUUCGAAGAAAUUUAUAACUCAUCCGUUGCCUAUGAUAACGGGCUACGUGAUAAAAAGGUACCUCGUCCACUCGCAAUCUUUGAGCCGGUGGAGGGACCGAAUCAUGCAGCAACGACCGCAUGUACUACCGGUGCCCAUUCCAUCGGAGAUGCUGCUCGUUUCAUUGCACAUGGUGAUGCCGAUGUAAUGGUUGCGGGUGGAGCCGAAUCCUGCAUCCACCCACUUGCAAUCGGAGGAUUCGCACGGUGCCGGAGUCUUGCUACGGAUUUUAACGAUCAGCCUAAAAAAUCCUCUCGUCCGUUUGAUAGGGAUCGCCAAGGAUUUGUUGUCGGUGAAGGUGCCGCUGUCGUGAUCCUGGAGGAAUUAGAACAUGCCACAUCCCGUGGAGCACGUAUUUACGCGGAAUUAAAGGGUUACGGCUGCUCGGCGGACGCAUACCACAUGACAGCGCCCAAGGAGAACGGUAAAGGUGCUUUACUGGCCAUGCAACGUGCAUUGAAAAAUGCCGCAUUACCACCGAGCAAGGUUGACUACAUUAACGCGCAUGGUACUUCCACUGUCAUCGGAGAUGCUGCGGAAAACGCCGCUAUUAAGACGCUCCUUCUUGGCUCUGAAGGAAAAGAAAGGCCUUCGGAUAUCAACAUCAGUAGCACAAAGGGUGCCAUAGGACAUUUGCUGGGAGGAGCUGGUGCGAUAGAAGCAGUCUUCUCCGUCCUAACAAUCUAUGAGGGAAUACUUCCACCAACCAUCAACCUUGAAAACACAACAGAGGAGUUUGACUGCAAUUACGUGCCGAAUGUGGCACAGGGUAGAGAAGUGGAUGUUGUCCUGACAAACAGUUUUGGGUUUGGAGGGACGAAUAGUAGUCUAUGCUUCGCGAGAUAUCGCCAGUAG